AUGAAGGUCUCUAACAUCCUCCUCCCCCUUCUCACAUCUGUCAUAUCCGGUGCCUUCGCCGGAGAAUUCAUCAUCGGGGGCGACGACACCGAGAUCGAAUCCUACCCCUACCAAAUCAGUCUCCAUCAAGACGGCGAACACAACUGCGGCGGCAGCAUCGUCAGCAAAACCCACAUUGUCACCGCAGGCCACUGCCUCGCUCGGGUCCAGAACACCUCACAGCUAGGCGUGCGAGCCGGGUCAACCUACCACGCACACGGCGGCCAACUGCUCAACGUAUCCGCCUACCACGUCCACCCACGCUUCAACCAAACGAGCCUCACCCACGACGUCGCUGUCAUCAAAUUAUCCGAGCCCCUCGAGCUCGGCCCCGCCGUGGCACCCAUCCGCCUCGCCUCUGCAAGCGCCGGCUAUCCCGAAACAGGAACAAUCACCAACCUGACUGGCUGGGGGUCGACGGAUGUGGACACGCCGUCUCUACCAGAUACACUGCAGGUGCUCGAGUUCCCUGUCGCUGAUCGGGGUGAAUGUAUCGAGCGUUGGCAACACCAUAAGUAUCAACCUCUUAACGUCACCGACACCAUGUUCUGCUUGAGCAGCUUCAAGGACGAGGAAACUGCGUGCCAUGGAGAUAGUGGCGGGCCCGUUGCUGUUGAUGGCACGCUUGUGGGUAUUGUCUCGUGGGGAGAACCCACCUGCGGCAGUGAUUACUACCCGAGUGUUUAUUCGAGUGUUUCUGUUCUUAGGGGAUGGAUAGAUGCUCAAUUGCGUGGCUAG